CAGUAAUUUAAGCAUAAUUCAUAGAUCCAUGGCAACAAUAAGGUUCUCGUCAUGACAACAGUGAGACAUUCCGCUUUCACGUGAAAAUAAAUCACAUUCAUUUCCAGUCUUUUUCUAUUUCUUUUUCUUUUUCUUUUCUUUCUCUUUUCUUUGAUUGCAAUGACACAAACACCAACACAAGAUAAAAGUGGUUAUAAAAACUCACUCACUAUACCCGAAGAAGAGGAAACAGCCUCUUCCUCAUCAUCUCCAAACACAAAAAAACGAAGCUAUGAGUCUGAAGAAAAUACUUCAGCUAAAAAAGAAAGAAAAGGACGUAAAGCACCUCAUGAAUUAUUAACAGAUGCAGAAAAGAAAGCAAAUCAUAUUGCAUCCGAGAAGAAGCGUAGACAGAAUAUUCGAUUAGGGUUUGACCAGUUAAUUGAAAUUGUGCCUUCAUUAACACAGGGCAAUCGAUCUGAAGCGUUUAUUUUACAGAAAUCUGUAGAUCAUAUUCGACAUUUAAUUAGUGUCAAAAAUGACUUGAAGAAUCAAAUAAGAGAUCUUCAAGGUGUAUUAGGAGAGCCGUAAGUUUGUAGUCAUUUAUAGAAGUGUAUUAACUUAUCUAUAUACGAUAUUAGAAAUUAUGAUGAAGAU